CGCCAUGGCCGAGAGCAGCCGGUUGUGGCGGCGCUGCUGGAAGCGGCACAUCGUCCGGCAGCUGAAGCAGCGCGACCGGGCGCAGAAGGCACUCUUCCUCGACCUGGUGCAGGCCUAUAACAAACUCCUUGAAAAAUCCAACUUGGACAACUUCAUUGCAAAGCUACAAACCAAGUCUUUGGAUAACCAGAUGGGUCUUCCUCCUGCCAGCUCCACGCAGGAGUCUUCUGACGGUGCAUUUGAUGCGGUCUUGGACUCAGCACAGAGGUUGGUGAAGAGACCUUCGGACCCAAUGGUACAACUGGAGAGCAUCAAUGAGCUGGCGUACAGGAUAUAUGAAUGGAACAUUCUGCUUAAAGCGAAAGAUGCCGCUCUGGAGGAGCAACGGGGCAGGUUGGCCUCCCUGCGUGGGCAAGUCUCCGAUCUGGAGGCCAAACAUCGCCGGUUGCAGGGCUGGGUGGAGGAGCGGAGCCGCCAGAACGCCGCCAUAAAGGAAGGCUACGACGCUUUGCGUGAGCUCUACCGCCGGCAAGACGGGGAAUUCCGCCAGGAGGCCGAGCGAGGCCUGGAGCUGCUCAAGCAGCUCAUGCGGCAGAAGGUGGAGGCCGCUGAGAUCGAGAACGAGAGGAUUGAGAGGGCAAAGCAAGCCAGGCUGUCCAAGGAGCUGAAGAAGGCCACCAAGACGGUGGUCCGCAUUAAGACAGAACCAAAUGAAGAGAAGUUGGAUAAACAGAAGAUGGCUACCCAGGACGUCCCUGAAGAGGAGAAUGGCGAGAAGCUGUUGAGAAGACCUUUUCGAUCCGCUUCUGCCACCUCCAUGACCCUCACCAGAUACGUGGAUGUUUUCAAGGGUUUGCUUGAUUUCAGGCUGAAACGUGGGAACUCCAUCAGUAGCAUGUCGACGGACCGGUACUGCAGUAUUCCCUGUUGCGUGGCUGCCUGCCUCCCGUCCACCGUGAGUGACAUACAGGAAGCCCACGUCUCCGAGAUCAACGCCAUCAGGUUCAGUCCAAAUUCCAGCAUGCUGGCCACAGGUGGGACGGACAGGCUGAUCAGACUCUGGAACGUGGUUGGAGGCCGGCUGGAGAACAUGCAGACGUUGGAAGGCGCCAACGGCAGCAUCACCAGCGUCGAGUUUGACCCGUCGGGCUGCCACGUCUUAGCUGCCACGUACAACAAUGCUGCUCAGCUAUGGAAACUCGGAGACUGCCAAUUCAAGGAGAUUCUCACGGGACACACUGACAAAGUGACGGCUGCCAAGUUCCGGUCCACCCAGUGCCAGGCUGUGACGGGCAGCCGAGACAGGACGGUGAAAGAGUGGGACCUGGGCAAAGGGGCGUGUUCCAGAACCAUCAAUGUCUUCUCCUACUGCAAUGACCUUGUGUGCUGUGACCCCAUCCUCAUCAGCGGACACCACGACAAGACGAUCCGCUUCUGGGAUAGCCGGGCCCCCCGGUGCACGCAGGUGAUCCCCGUGGAAGGCAAGGUGACCUCCCUGAGCAUCAGCCAAGAUCAGAUGCACCUCCUGAGCUGCUCCCGCGACAACGCCCUCAAGGUCAUCGACCUCCGCAUGCACAACAUCCGGCAGGUGUUCAGGGUGGAAGGAUUCAAGUGCAGCUCUGAUGGGACUAAGGCCGUGUUCAGCCCUGAUAAGAGCUACGCUUUGGUUGGAUCCGCUAACGGCACCCUCUUCCUUUGGAACAUCGAGACGGGGAAACUGGAGACCAGUCUGCCCGGAGUGCAUCGGUCGUCUGUGAACGCGGUGGCCUGGAUUCCCUCCGGCACGUACAUUGGCAGCGUGGACCGCAGCAAGACGGUGGUCCUGUGGAGAUAGCCGUGGCCAUGGGUUCACGCAGAGGGUCGCGGCUCCAGACUGCCUUGCCCACGGGCUCUCGUUUUGUCUCUGCAGGCUGGCAGGCCGGCCUGUGCCCUUUGCCCAUGCUCGCUGGGCUUGAGAGUGUCCAGGAAUGUGAGAUGCUGGUGGAGGAGCUGAGACCCGUCCUCCAGCUGCCACUACCAAAACAGAAGAAAGGUUCUCCAAUGCAGGGCCUUGCAGGAGCAGAACCGAGGCCUUCGGGUCUGAGAAAAGAGGCCUCGGACAGCCCAGAACGUCUGCCAAGCAGAGGUUUAGACAGUGAUGAGUCUAAAAAGAUUUAGACAAUGA